GCCGAGACGCAGGAGAUGGCAGAGCCACCGGGGCUCAGGGACGAGCGCGGGGAGGGCGCUCCGGGGGCUCCCGCGCCCGCCAGCCCCUGCCUGGCCGACAACAGGCUCAAUCUGGAUGUUUAUCCGGACGGCUGCGGCCACUUCCUCCAGCUGCUCGAGCGACACCGAGGAGACCUGGCCCGGGUGGAGUUUGUCCGGCUCAGCAGCAACGACCGCCUCCUUGGCACCGCGCUGGGUGCGCUCCCUCUCCUGCGGAGCCUCAAGUCCCUGGUGCUCAAAGGUGGCCAUGCCCGCGACGAGUUCGGCUCGCGGCGGCCUGGCUCCCUGACAAGCUUGCCGCCAGACUUUGGGAACCUGAGGUGUCUCACUCACCUGGACCUCAGCUUCAAUCGCCUCUCCACCUUGCCCAGCUGCAUCCCCCACCUCCGGAGCCUCCGCGUGCUCUUGGUGAACCACAACAGCCUCGAGGCCCUGCCUGAGGACUUCGGCUGCCUGAGCAAGCUGACGUUCUUCUCUGCUAUGAGAAACCAGCUGAAGGGAUUGCCACGGAGCAUUGGAGAGCUGGCAGCACUGCAGGACCUCUAUCUCUCAGAAAAUGCCUUGGAAUAUCUUCCUGAAGAAGUUGGGAAUCUGCACAGCUGCACCGAACUGGAUCUGUCUGGGAAUCGGUUAGCCAACAUCCCAGACUCAUUAGCCAAUUUGAAGUGUCUGCGGCGGCUGCAUCUCCACAGCAAUCUCCUGGUGACGGUGCCCGCGUCGCUCGCCAGCCUGCCCAACUUGUCCAGGCUGGAUCUGCAGAACAACCGCCUGCGGGCCGUGCCCCCCGAGAUCCAGACCUCGCCGUUCGUGCGCCUCCGCGGAAACCCCUUGGGAGAAAGCGAGCCCUCCCCACGGCCUGAUGAACCCAGUGCCAGAAGCCUGCAAAGACUGUUCCUUGCGUCAGGAGAGGACAGCUUUACCGUGACCUCCGAAGGCUGCAGAGUAUUCCUGGACUGUGGCAUCUGUUUCUGCUUUCCCCCGGGAGCUGCCUCCGUCCCUCUCUGCGUUCACUUCCGCACCCUUGAGCCGGACCCGCGGUGGGUGAAGCUGCGGCACCACGAUGUCCUGCUGAGCCCCGUGCUGGAGCUGCAGCCUCACGGGCUGGAAUUCCAGCAGGAGGUGGAGAUCUGGAUGCCGUUUGCUUCUCCUCAAACCCUCCAGCAGCGUGAGGUGGUUGUUCGGACCUUUAGCGGGCAGAGCUGGAGCGACCUGAGAACAAAAGUGGGGCAGAGGAAGAAAUCAAAGAAGCAUGUGGCUUGUUGUAGUGUCCUUCACUUCUCCUGGUUCCUAGUUGUUUCUCGGCUUGUAGAGAAUGAAUGCAAAGUGCCAGCAGAGGGGACAUUGCUCUUUUCUAGUGUGGAUCCAGACAUUAAAGUGGUCUUCCCUCCUGGAGUCACUGAAGAGACUCGCAGUGUCAAACUACAGGUGCUGCCGAUCUCUGCAGAAGAGAUAGAGGAAAUCACGGCUGACACGGGUUGCCGAGCCAGCCCCCUGCUCUGCCUCUCCCAGGAUUGCCCGGCGGAUUUUCUCAGACCAGUGAGAAUUCAGCUCCCCCUCCCACUUGGGGUCACAGGGUUAAACCUGGAUCGGUCGAGGCUGCGCCUUCUCCACGGUGACCUGCAGGGCCAAACCUGGGAUGACAUUACCAGUCAGGUGGUGCUGGAAUUCACCCAUCUUUAUGCAAUCUUUGAAGUCACCCACUUCUCCUGGUACUGGCUGUGGUACACCACCAAGACCUACAUAGGAGGCAUUGCCAAGAAAGUCUACGAGCGGCUGCGUAUGUACCAGGUGAACUUCAUUGCUCUGCAGAGGAAGAAAGAUCCUGAGCAAGUCCUGCUUCAGUGUGUCCCCAAGCACAAGGUUGACCCAGUGCUGAAGAAGCUGCAGGACCGCUACCGAGGACCCGAACCAUCCGACAUGGUCGAGAUGUUUGAGGGAGAGCAGUUCUUUGCCGCGUUUGAGCGAGGCAUCAGCAUUGAUAUGGAUCGCCCUGACUGUGUGGACGGACGCCUCUCGUUCAUAUUUUACUCACACUUGAAGAACAUGAAAGAAAUCUAUGUGACCUCCCCUGUAGACAGGAAAGGCCAAGCUGUAAAAGGCCAGGUCUCCUUCUACCGAGGGGCAGUUCCUGAGAGCGUCCCUGAAGAGGCCAGUAGGAGGAGGAAAGGACCGGACUCGCUCUGGCUUGCUACUCUGCCAAUCAAACUGCCUAGAUUGAAAUCCCGCUCGGGCGACAAUUCCAGUCCCCUGAACGGCUUUUCCUUCCCUCCGCUGAACCUGGGAAAUGCCGAGACCGGCUACCUGACACAAGCCAACCUGCUGAGCAUUGCCAGGCGAGUGGGAGGCGACUGGCAGACCAUCGGCUUGAACCUGGGCUUCAGCUACCAGCAGAUUGAGCGCAUCGGGUACAACCACAGAGAGGACCUUGAUAAACAGAUCCUGGACAUGCUUUUCUCAUGGGCUAAGCAAAACUCCGAAGAUCCCAACUGCGUGGAAAAGUUGAUCACAGCCAUGAAGGAGAGUGGCCGCCAGGACAUUGCUGAUGAGAUUGAAGCCAUCAUUGAGCUGGGACGGCAGAAAUACAGGGAAUCCAUCCGCCGCGUGGGCUUGGAGCAAGAGAGCAGCACGGAGGACUCUGCAACAGCCAUGGUGUAGCACCUCACACACACAACACUUUCCUAUGGAGAUGCCUCGUGGGCCUGGAGUGACAGCAGCUGUGGGCUGCUCCUGCUCAAGGGCCAUUAUCCUCCCAAGGUGGCACACGUGGAUUUACUUGCGAGCAGACACCCAUGCUCUGCUAGGGCCAGGCUCAUGUGUUCCUUCUGCUAAUCCCAGAAAGUUUACAGCGUGUUUAUGAGCCGUUUCUGUACUUCCACUUCCUGACUUUGAGCCUUAGAUUUGAGGAACACAGAGAGCCUCAAGUGGCUGUCGGUUGAGUCAUGGCUGAAGAAGCCUUUCAUGAAUUAAUACUCACGACAGAGAUAUUUAUAUAUAACUUAUUUGUGAACUUAUUCUUUUGCCAGAAACUAGGAACAUAGUGUGAGCAUUGCUCAUGGCUCUGCUUGUGCUCCAGAGCAUGGUGGGAAAGUGGGGGUGCAAAAAUGUUGGAAGUUCCCUGGUGCAGUGCAGACUGUUCAGCUAUUUCUGUUAAUUCCAUGUAUUGCUCACAGACCUGUAAUGCCCAAGCACUUCAGAGCCUUUUGUGUGGAAAAGUGAAGGGAUCCCCCUUCAAUCUCCAAAUUCUCCAUGCAAAUCUUUUCUAUUUUAUGCCAGAUCUCUUUGUGCUUCAUCAAGGCCAAAACAAAACCUAACUAUUGUGCAGGAGAGGGAAAGAUUAAAAGAAUUUCUGGCAAAAUUUCUCCUUUUUUGGAGGGAGGGUUUUGUGCUCCAAAAACUAUUUUAGAAUAAAUAAAAUCUCACAGGUCCCUGCACCUGGCAUGCUUUUUAGAUGAGAUCUACAUGUUGGUGGUCUUUAAAAAAAAGUCCCAGUUUUAGUAACAAAUGAGUAAAAACCUUAACUCUGAUGUUCUGAACAGACUCUAACUUGAGUUAGCUUUCCAGUUCGGCAAUCUGAAUAUCUUACAAGACUGUAGCUGUUUAUUACCUUUUAGGUACCCAGACACUGUCUCUGGAGGUGUAACCAUCUCAUACUGGGCCUCAUCUCCUGGCACAGUAGUAAUAGCGAAAAGUUUUAUGCAAACUGUUUGAGAGGCUAUAGUAAUCCGUGUAUAUUUAAGCCAUUCAAGACAGCUUUGGAUUCAGUACAUCCCACCUGCUUAGCAAUAUUUAAAUAUUUAAGUCUGAAAACUGGAGCACUGUAUGAAAAUGCCAGGUUGCAACACCCAAAGU